AUGAGUUCGAUCAGUGGCGCUCUUCACCUUGAUAGGGCAAUUAGCCCGACUGUCAUUGGUGCUAUCGCUGCUACGUGUAUCGCAGGCUUUCUAGUGUCCAGACUAUACUUGCACCCACUGAGCAAGUUUGGGGGCCCUAGACUUGCGGCUCUGACUCGGUGGUAUGAGUUCUACCACGAUGUGAUCCGUGGUGGAACCUAUGUCAAAGUCUUCCCAGAGCUUCAUCGGAAACACGGUAUGGCGUUAUGUUUCUUUUGUGAACAGAUCCUUCAUCUAACAGAUCUGAAGGACCUAUUGUGCGUAUUUCACCUAACCAUGUUCAUGUCAACGAUCCGGAGUUUUAUAAAGAUAUCGCUUGAGCUAAUCAGCGGCAGGGUUUUCAAGUCCCCGACAGAGUACUAUAAAGCCCCAUAUUUCUAUCAGAAUGUUGGAAUCUCUGAAUCGCUGGUAGCAAUCUUGAACCCCCACAAACACCGAGUGCGGAGGGCGAUGAUCAGCCCUCUCUUCUCGAAGAAUGCUAUGGACAAGAUUAUGCCCUUGGUGCAAGAUAUUGUGGAACAUGCUGCCGACAUUCUGCGAAAGCGGUACAGGGAAGGGAAAAGCACGGAUAUCCAGAAACUAUACCGAUGCAUUACGGUGGAUACGAUUUCCACGGCUUGCUUCGGCUAUACCCAGGAUCUUACAUCACAGGAUGAGAAUGACAUCUAUCCACCUUUAUUGGCCAGUAUAGAUUCCUUUACCAACAACAUAUGGCUUAUGAAUCAUUUGACGUUCCUCGGCACGAUAGCUCUUAGCUUGCCUGAAAGACUCUCUGAAAAGAUAGUCCCAGGUUACCAAAGUUUCCGAAAUGUCAGUCUCGCCAUUCUUGUGCGGCAAUGCGAAAAAUGGAUUAAGACAGUUAAGGCGCGUCGCGACAACGGAAUACUUCAAACAGAAGAUGGCAGAGACACUGUCUUUGACUUGCUUCUUGAAUCAAAUGACAGAAAGGGGUACCAGGUAGCCGACAUGUCUGAACUGAUCGAUGAAGCAUUUCUACUUCUUAUCGCUGGUAGUGACACCACUGCUUACUCCCUUUCGUGUGCAACAUAUUACAUUCUGAAUCAUAGGGAUGUUCUGUUGAAACUUAAGGCUGAGCUUGCUACUGUUCCUCGCCAUGUUGAUGGUCGUUUAGACUGCCGGAAUAUCCAAUCACUCCCAUACUUGACCUGUGUGGUAAAGGAAAGCCUUCGCCUAGCUACUCCCGUUCCAGGAAUUUCGCCCAGAGUCGUUCCUCCACAGGGAGCCACUGUUCAAGGACAAUUUAUCCCGGGAGGAUCCAUCGUGUCUAUCAGUGGUCGCACCAUCCAUGACAAUCCAGAUCUAUUCCCCGAACCUGAGAAAUUCAAGCCUGAGAGAUGGCUGGGUGACCAAGGUAAAGAGCUGGAACGUUGGAAUGUUACAUUUUCCAAGGGUCCACGCAUGUGUAUUGGGAUCAAUCUUGCUUACAUGGAGAUCUACAUGAUUUUGGCGACUUUCUUCGCAGACUUCGAUCUUUCACUUCAUGAGACUGAUGCGAAGAGUAUGGAGUGGUUGGAUCACGCAGUCGCGACUAACAAUUCGAACGUCAAAGUCCGCGCCUCACCAUUGCGGGUGUAG